ACCUUGCACCUCAGAGACCUCUGAGUCGAAGACGUGACAGCUGCAUCCCAAAACGCCUUGGCUGAUCACCCGGACUCGUUAACCUACAGUGGUCCACAGACGCAGCUGACCAUGCAAGAGGUUGAGCAUCUGUAUGAGACCUCAAUGCCUCAAGGGUGGCUUAAUGAGGAGAGGGUCUACUCUGCCCCCAGCAGUCCGGACAGCAUGGAUCUGAGCCCCGAAGGAUACGGAGUCAAGGCAAACUGGGAGAGCCUGAGACCUCAACUGCACUUAGAAUUAAAGGAGAGACAGCUGAGGAGCAGCAUGUCCUUAUCUUCCACCGCGUCCACCACGCCAACGUCCCCGUACACCUCCAAGUCUCCGUUCUCUCCAACUUAUAUCAACUAUUCUUCAUCCCCGACCUCUCCUACCUCUCCCCGGGAGUACGUCCCUCCUCAGGGGCUUCACACUCGCCAGCUGGACCCCACCGGACAACUCAACAACAAUCGAAAUAUUCACGCUGACGACAAUGGAGCUGAAGACCCCGAAAUAGCUCUCUACGUCAAGGCUGGCAGCGAUGGGGAGAGUAUAGGAAAUUGCCCCUUUUCUCAGCGGCUUUUCAUGAUCCUUUGGCUGAAGGGAGUUGUCUUUAACGUAACCACGGUUGACCUGAAAAGAAAACCAGCUGACUUGCACAACUUAGCCCCUGGGACUCAUCCACCGUUCCUGACCUACAACGGGGAGGUGAAGACCGACGUGAACAAAAUCGAAGAGUUUCUGGAGGAGACGUUGGCCCCACCAAGAUAUCCCAAGCUCGCAGCGAAGCAUCGAGAGUCCAACGCGGCCGGCAUUGACAUCUUUUCCAAAUUUUCAGCAUAUAUCAAAAAUACCAAGCAACAGGACAAUGCAGCUCUGCAGAAGGGUUUGACGAAGGCUCUGAAGAAGCUGGAUGAUUACCUGAACGCACCACUAACAGAGGAGAUUGAUGCCAACAGCCGGGAAGGAGAGAAGACCUCCAGGCGGAGGUUUUUAGACGGAGAUGAACUCACCUUGGCGGACUGCAACCUUCUGCCCAAACUUCACGUGGUGAAGAUUGUUGCAAAAAAGUACCGGAACUAUGAAAUCCCAGCAGACAUGACCGGAGUCUGGAGAUACCUAAAAAAUGCCUAUGCGAGGGAUGAGUUUACCAACACCUGCGCCGCGGACAAAGAGACAGAGCUGGCGUACGCCGACGUGGCCAAGAGGCUCUCCAAGUCUUAAACAGCGUCUUAUUGCCACGUGAUAAAGUGUUUAUUAAUUCACGGACUGCUCUCCGCGGAGCCUUGCGAUGCCUUCUAACCCAGCGUCAGCAUAGAACUAGAACCAGCAGCAGUCCACGAUGAACUACAACUCCCACAAUCAUGAAUCGUGGGACUUGUAAUCCAUCCAUAUCGAACAAACGGCAGGUCGGCAACCCGUUUUAUCUUCCAGACCGGCCAGCGGGGUGACUUACCAAUAUUUUUGCUGCCAGCAAACCGCUUAGUGAUUGCUUUAAAGGAAAUAUUGAUAGGACUUGGCAUGAGUUCCAUGAAAGAUGAGCAUAAUGAUAUUCACAAACCGUACGCAUAAUUUCUAAACUAGAAUCAUAGCUUCUUAAGACCAUACACGAUCGUCUAUAAAGUAUUUUUUUUAUAAGCCGACUGUUAUAUUGGUGAUUUACAUACAGAAGAAUGUAUUAUUUUGCAGAAACUUGUACGAUACACAUUAUUACAUUUAUUUCAGUGAUGCUAUAUAGUAAAUAUUAGUAUAAUAUUCAUAGAUUCAUAUCGGAGCCUUCAGUGUUUGUGUAUUAUUGAUGAAAAUGUUGGGAGAUCUCGAGACGCAAUGAUAAGUAUUAACUCUUAAGGGGCUUGUGUUAGACCAUGGAUCUUGAUGGCCACAGUCCACGAGAGCUACUGUUUGAUUAUAUAUAAAAAAAGGUAUUUCUGUUGGCCUUAUCACCAUAGCAACCAGUGGAAUGUUCUUGCUCACCGAACCAUUCCAUCGGUUGGUAUGGCAAUAAAACCACUUUCCAAAUUUUGCCCAGAAUCCUUUGUUAUGGAAGGGCGGCUGACUUCGGGUCAGGACUGGAUACCCCAUAAGGUGGUCAAUAAUCAAUAAUAGCUUUCACCACUCUCUAUUAAUUUUUUUUAAUUAAGCUCUACUAAUUCACGUACCAUUUGAGAAAGGGUUUAGGAAUAUUUCAAGGAAAUAACAAAUCAGGAAUAAAAUUGGAAACUGGAAUUUAGACAGACGUUUAAUAUUCUAUGUCAACGCUAAAAACACAAAUACUCCAACAGGAUUGUGGCCCUUUCGGGACCGAGUUUCAGAAGCUCUCUGUAGGUCCUAGUUAAUCCGCCAUUUGCGAUAUAUUGUAAUGUAUAAAUAUGAAAUAAAUUAAUUUGACAUAA